AUGUCUGCCGAAGAAGAACCAAACUUUGAUGAACUCAACGACACUGAGGAAGCAAGUCGUCUUGUAAAAUCUUCUCCACCCGUAACUGUUACAUCCUCUCCUCCAACAACACAAAGAAAUGAUAAAUCAUCAAUUCCACCACCUUCAUCAUCAUCGUCUUCCUCCACAACAACAACGACGAUGGUAGGAGCAUCUGCUAGUACUCAUCCAACUCCUGUUGGCAAAUCAUCUUCACCAACAACACCUCCCAAAACACCAUCAUUAAAGCAACCCGUGCAGCAACAAGUGGUGGUGGUAGAUUCUAAGCCUCCUCCACCUCCAAGUAACAUGAUGAUUGGUCCCAACAAAACUGCAACAACAACAACGUUUCCUCCAUUUCCACCUACAAACAGCAAGAUCCUUCAACAACAACAACCAACGACCUCACCUUCCGUAGCAACCACAACACCAUCAUCAUCGGGAGCAACAACUACGACCAGUAGCAGUAGUAACAGUAGCAGUACUGGUACUACCGUUGCAGCCAAUACGACUUCCAGCUCUCAAUCAUCAUCAACCCAUGUUGCAGCCAAUACAACAGACAAGAAGCCUUGGGGAAAACUUGUCCUUGCAAAUACCAAUUAUACAGACAUUCCGAAGGAAUUUUCUCUCACUGAGGACGUCAUUACCAUUGGACGAUUACCCGAUAACAAUGUGAGAAUAUUCUCAAAGCAACAAGCCAAGUUUGUAUCGAGGCAUCAUGCCAAGAUUUAUCGACACGCCGAUGUAACGUUUGAAAUUGAGGAUUUGAAGAGUUUGAAUGGAACGCUUGUGAAUGGUAGAAAAAUCUCAAAAGCAUUUCUCAAACAUGGCGAUUUAAUUAUUAUCACUGGUGGAACCACAGCAACUACGAAUGGUUUUAUUACAUUGGGAGACAAGUCACGACACAAUUUUGCAACCGAGCAAGAAUGGAAGACUGUGUUAGUGGAUCAAUUGAAACAAGCUUUUAUCUACAGGUUUGAAUUGUUGGAUCCUGUUGCCAUCAUGAAGACUUUGAGCAGUGCCAAUUUGAACAAUUUUAAUUCUGUGGGUUCUGUUGAGAAUGGAUCUGUCGAUCAUGUAUUUGUGAAUAGUAGUAGCAGUAGCGGUGGUACUAGUAGCACUGGUGGUGGCAACAAUAGUAAUUCGAACUCAGCGGAUCAGUUGAAGAGAACUUUGGAGACGGCUCAACUUGACUCGGCUUCUACAUCAGCCAAACGAGUGAAAGAAUCUCAUGCAAGUAAUGGAUCUGAGCCAACUGUUCUGCAAACACAAGGUACAGAAUCUGAUACGCAAAAGUUAAAGCUAAUGAAUGACACUUGUCAAACUGAGCUCACAUGUUGCAUUUGUUAUAAUUGGUUUGUGGAACCAACCAUGUUGCAAUGUGGUCACAACUUUUGUAAGAAGUGUCUCUAUGAUUGGCUUGCCAAGAAUCAAUCUUGUCCUCUAUGCAGAAAGAAAAUGUCGAAAGGCUCCUAUCCAAAUCGCCAGCUUGAGGGCAUUUUAAACACUGCCGUAAAGACAAUGCUUUCAGAGGAUGAUCAAUUGUUGAGAGAGGAACGAAUUAAGGCAAUUAAGCAAAAGUUUGACGAAGAUUUGGCAAAACUGUACGGAAUGAUUGAGAAUGCCAAAGUAAAGAAGAUUAAAUUCCUCAACAUUAAGGAUCGAUGGAAGUUGGAAGAAAAGAGAACCUUCAAGAAUGGCGCUAAACAAUAUUUUGGCAAGUGUCGAGAAGUUUUCUGUGAAUUGGUUGGUCUCACAGAAGAUUUUGUUAACAAGUGCAAUAAUGAAGAACUCGUCAUUGCUUGCGACAAUUUAGAAAUUCCAGUAGCCUAUAUUAUUGUAGGUCAGGAGGUGAAGACCAUGAGAAGAGUGAUCGAUUUUGAUCAAACAAGACAGCGACUUCAAGACUUUUGGAAUGCUGAGGAUAACUUAUUUUUCUACUAA